UCUCUAGGCCCACUGUGACCCUUCAACCCAAUUGGCCUCAGAUAUUCAGAGGAGAGAAAGUCACUCUGAGAUGUGAGAUCCAUGGAGGUGGAGGAGCUCAGUGGACGUAUGAAUGGAGACCAACCAACAGAAACUCUCCAACAUCCAGUGAAUACAGGAUCAACACAGCUACUGAGUCUGGUGAUACAUACCGGUGUAAGGCUAGAGGAGACUACCAGAUAACAGCCUGGAGUGAUGCCUUCAGACUGACAGUUAGAGCAGAUAAACCCACAGCCUCACUGACAGCAAAUCAGAGAAUAAUACCACUAGGGGGCAGAGUAACACUGACCUGCUCUGUGUUCAGCUCUACUGACUGGAAGUUUGACUGGUUCAGAAAUGGGCAACAAUAUUCUGUAGACCAGACCAGAGGAAACAUUGAGCGAUUCAGAGUCAUCAGCAUCUCAGAGGGAGGUCUAUACAGCUGCAGAGGAGGAAGAGGAGAUCCAGUUUUUACAACAGGAACAAGCAAUGAAAUCUAUAUUUGGAAAACUG